UCACACACGGCUCCACUGCUCGCUCUGAGUUCAUCAACCUGCGUGAGGUCAGUUCACGUUUCUGCCUUCCUUCUGGAGAAUACAUCAUUGUCCACCAUUGUCAUUUGAGCCGCAGAAAGAAGGCAACUUCUUGUUGUGUGUCUUCUCUGACAAAGCCACUGACUCUGAGGAAAUGGACGAUGAAGUCAAAUUUGCUCUUCCCAGAGUGAAUUAUUUGGAUGAGAGUCAAAUCAAUGCCAGAUUCAAGAGUCUCUUCAGACAGCUGGCGGGACCGGACCAGAAGGUCAGUGUUAAAGAGCUCCAGACCAUUCUGAACAGCCUCAUCAGCAUGCAUAAAGAACUGAAGACAGAUGGUUUCAGCCAGGAUUCAUGUCGCAGUAUGAUCAACCUCAUGGAUAGAGAUAACAACAGGAAGCUGGACCUCACAGAGUUCCAUGUGCUGUGGAUGAAAAUAGAAAACUAUCAGGAAGUGUUCAGGAAGUUUGAUGUGGACAGGUCUGGUACAAUGAGCCCACAGGAGAUGCGUAGAGCCCUUGAAGCAGCAGGCUUCAAGCUGAACAGUGAUAUAUUCCAGCUUGUUAUGCUGCGCUACACAGACCAGGACCUGACCGUCAACUUCAACAACUUUGUCGCUUGUCUAGUGCACCUGGAGACUAUGUUCAAAAUAUUUCACUCCUCAGACACUAACAAUGAUGGACUCAUCACCCUAAACUUCAAACAGUGGCUAUCUUUGACAAUGUUUGCUUAAACAGACAGACAUCUGGAUGCCUGUCUGCUUGCACUGAGACCCAUAUCUCCCUCCAGCUGGUCCAGAAGUGCCUUCUUCACAUUUUUAUUAUUAUUGCUCAAGGUGAUGGUAUGCAAUCAGUAUUUUAGUCCAGUUUCUCUCUUUUUAAAGGUGUACUGGUUUAAGGAGUGGUUAAAGGGUUUAUGUUCUAUUGUGCCAUAUAAGAAGCCAGUCUCUGUUCUGUGUGUUAUUUACUCAUAAGCCAAAACAGUAAGCCACAAUCUGAGAACACCAUACAUGUAAAGUCAUCAGUCUCUGUCUUAAAAAAAGUGCCAGACAGUGUAGUGUUUACAGCCUCUCUGACCAGCCAUUUGAAAGCAAGCAUACUUUUCCUGCUAACUGAAAGGAUUCUGAACCUUACCUUGUUACCAAAUAUGAUUUCACUUCCUGUGCCAAAGGGAUUACUUUCUUUUCAAUAUUAUCUAUCAGUUAAUUCCAGUUCAGGCUGCUCCACUUUGUGUGAGGAAUGUUUCCAUAAUUAACAUUAUUUAAAAUGAAGAGAAACCAAGAGAGUCAGCAUUAAUACAUCAUAAAUGCACCAUAAAUACAGUAAAUAACAUUUAAUAUACACUUUUAAAAAAUGAACCAAAUAAGCUAAAUUAUCAACACUUACCUUAAUCAAUAUUUAUACUUUUAGUAAUUAAAAGUGAUUCCAAUGUGACCAACAAAACAACACAUUCAUGAGCUUGUUUUCACACUAUGGGUGCCAUUUGAUUCUUAUUUUUUGGUGUGUUGGUUUUAUAUUUGUGUUUGGCCAGGAACAUUUAAAAAAAAAAAUAAUAAUUACAAAUCAGGAAUCAAUCCCAUACCUAAAAUCCACUGAAGAAAUCUCCACUUAGAAUGCAGCAGGAUGAAAUUGCCUGUUACUACAGUAGCCAUUGUGAUAUUUCUGCAGGGUACAAUAAAUGAAGUACUUUUCUUAUGAGAGGCAGUUUUCCAGACAGUUCCAGAUUCAUCAGUCUGAUUGAAUAUUCAUACAGAACACAUGGCAGGGGUGAAAUGAAAUGACCUUGUUUAAAUGCUGAUUCAGAGAUAAAUAUAAGGAAAUAAAUAGAUGAUUUCAUAUUUCAUUGCCAAACACAUUAUUCUGUAAAAAGCCAUGAAGACUUGCUGUUAAUUCUGUUCUGUUCCUGCCGGUGCCUGUAUUGUGUUCUCUGUGCUCUGGUCAAAAGACACUUACUGAGUUAUAUGUAUUCAAAAAUGUAUCUGUUCAAUAAAUAUAUUUUUAAAAUACAA